AUGGCAGCCCAAGGAAAGCGCCGCGUGACAAUGCUGUGUGAAAUCGAGGUGAGUGAACGUAACUCGGGUGAUCUGAGAAUGUUUCUGCACAUGAUCGUCAUAUCCUUCAUCCUCCUUCUCCUCAAGACUGCAUUGCCCACAUCCUGCUAUCCGUCUCGAGAGGUAGUCAGAUGCAAGAGACACUUCCGACUUAUGGCGAUUAUGGCAGGAGCUAUUGCUGCUUCCACGACGCCCAUGAAGGCGAUCGGUGGGAUCUGCUAUGGGGAGAAGAGAGCAAGGAUGCGAUUUGUGGUCAACCUUGACGGGGAACAGGAUAGCAAGAAAGACUUCAAGUUGUCGGCGAAACAAGUGCGAGUCAAUCGACGUGGCAAGAGUGAAGUAGAGAAAUCCCUCGGACACGUUUACUUGAACACAAGUGAUCUUGUCUCUGAAUCCACGAGUCGCAAUUACAAAUGGAAGAUUGUUGGGAAGCGAUCUCCACCCGAUCACUUCGUCCAGGUCCAUGCAUCGACAAGCGCUAGUUAUGUCAAGGAGAAGGCAACUCAUGGUAUCAGUGAAGAUUCAGAAAUAUCUGAAGUGAGCAGCCAAAGUGAGACUGAAGAGACAGGGGUAACGGAGAUCAAAACUUCGACUGAUUUCCUUCACAGCUCGCUGACAUAUCCGUCACCAAACUCUAUGCCUCUUGACUUCGAGACCAUGAUGAACUCAAUGGCUGCUUCGACUCCAGAGCCGACUCCCUACAGCAGAAGCGAGAGCUACCUUGAUAGCGUCUCCCCCCAGAGCCGCUCCGAUGACAACAACUCUCCCUUGAACAUACAUGAGAAGACCUUCAAGAAAUAUGUACUUGUGCGUGAACUCACUCCAAGCUUCUGA